AUCUCCUAGAAACACACCAGAAACCUCCACCCUCUGACACCAUGGUCAACUCCUGUUGUGGCUCCAUCUGCUCUGAGCAGGGCUGUGGCCAGGAGACCUGCUGCCGCCCCACCUGCUGCCAGACCACCUGCUGCAGGACCACCUGCUGCCGCCCCAGCUGCUGUGUGUCCAGCUGCUGCCGCCCCUCCUGCUGUGGUUCCAGCUCCUGUGGCUCCAGCUGCUGCAGGCCCAGCUGCUGCAUCUCUAGCUGCUGCCGCCCCUCCUGCUCUAGUUCCAGCUGCUGUGGCUCCAGCUGCUGCCGCCCCUCCUGCUGCAUCUCUAGCUGCUGCCGCCCCUCCUGCUCUAGUUCCAGCUGCUGUGGCUCCAGCUGCUGCCGCCCCACCUGCUGCCAACCCACCUGCUGCCAGACCACCUGCUGCAGGACCACCUGCUGCCGCCCCAGCUGCUGUGUGUCCAGCUGCUGCCACCCCUCCCGCUGUGGUUCCAGCGGCUGUGGCUCCAGCUGCUGCAGGCCCAGCUGCUGCAUCUCUAGCUGCUGCCACCCCUCCUGCUGUGACUCCAGCUCCUGUGGCUCUAGCUGCUGCCGCCCCUCCUGCUGCUGCCCCUCCUGCUGUCUGCGCCCAGUCUGUGGCCGGGUCUCCUGCCACACCACUUGCUAUCGCCCCACCUGUGUUAUCUCCACCUGCCCCCGCCCCAUGUGCUGUGCCUCUUCCUGCUGCUGAGUAUCUCUGACUAUAAUCUUUUUGACAUAUGGAUGUCUUCACAAGUCACAUAAAAUGCGUUAAAGCCAGCCAGUGACUGUGGAAUGGACUCUUAGCUGCCAACUCCUCAUCUUCUGAUUUGGGCAUUCAGAGUUGGUGUUGAGUUCUAGGAAAUGACAGGUUUAAUAAAACAACUGUCAAAUGAUUUUUAACCCAGGCCCAAAUGUAUCUAUUUUCAGGCCAGCAAUAUCUUCAUCCUAUGUAUACACUGACUGUGAUGAUCUUACGUGACAUUGUUUUCAUAUAUUCUCAAUAAAGAGCCAUUCCCCCUGAUA